UCUGACAUAAGUUUUGAGCCGUGAUUUCGUGUUUCACUUCUCUUGAAAACUUAGCAUCCGGUUGUUUAUGGGCAAUGAUCAAUGGAGUUAACAUAAAUUAACGAUUCUAAUACAAUAAAAAGAGCGCUGUCGGCUUGGAGAAGGACGUUUUUGUAACUUACUCUUGAUUUGUUGUAGCAGACUGAAAAAUAAUCUCUGUCUCGCUCUGUUCACUCGAUAAGUUCAGCGUGAGUGAUUGUGCCUCGCCCUCACUGCAUAGCACGGUCGCCUCAACCUCACCGCCUGGCUGAGCCGCCUAUAGUGUGUCGAGUUCCCACGGUCGCGAUCAUCAGCUGUUCUUCAAGUCAUAACCCGUGUGCUGCGCCCCUGUGCAAGUACACUGUCUUGAAUUGUGAGAUUUCGGCGAAGAAAUCACUAAAAUAAACCAACAUGAGGGAGUAUAAAGUCGUCGUUUUAGGAAGUGGAGGAGUGGGCAAAAGUGCCCUGACAGUGCAGUUUGUUUCGGGAAACUUUGUCGAAAAGUACGACCCAACAAUCGAGGAUUUUUAUCGCAAAGCCAUCGAAGUUGAAAACACCAUGGCUAUCUUGGAAAUUUUGGAUACGGCCGGAACAGAACAGUUUGCGUCAAUGAGGGAUUUAUACAUCAGAAACGGGCAAGGUUUUCUUGUAGUUUACAGUGUUACGAGCAAACAGUCCUUCGGAGAUGUUCUUAAUAUUCGUGAGCAGAUUGUCAGAGUUAAAGGAACUGAUCGAGUCCCCAUGGUUCUUGUUGGAAAUAAAGCAGAUUUGGAGCAAGAGCGGCAGGUUCCCACCAGUGAAGGGAUGAUCCUCGCCAACCGAUGGGGCGUGCCCUUCUAUGAGAGCUCCGCUAAGAGCACACAGAAUGUGAACGAUGUAUUCGCCGAUUGUGUGGUGGAAAUCAUGCAUAUACUGGCGCCCCACAAGCAAGCCAGCGGGGGCUGUUGUUCCAAGUGUGUUUUAUUGUGAUUUAUUUCUUUUCUACAUAAGGUGAGUAGAGUCAAACCCUCUUUUUUGUCCUAUUA